AUACGACUGCAAGAAGAGCCAGAGUGCAAACGACCUGUCUUUUUACCGCGCGCCUCCCAGGUUUUUAUCUCCGCACGCUCAAUUAGUUUCCAGAGAGUCCAUAGUACUAUAGUAGUUUCUUCUAAGAGAAGCUGCAGAAGGAGAGAAUAAGGUUUUCCCCGACGAGUUAAGCUUGUGAUUGCGGGAUGAAAUUCGCAAACCGGAGGAUUUAGGGUUUAGCUCUGAUCGAGCAUCGAAGGGAGAGGUUUCGAGUUUUGGAGGGGAGACAUGGCUAUGAUGGAUAAAACCCGCAACCUUCUGGAGGGGUUCAUGGAGGGUUCCUUCAAAUGGGCGCUCAGCCGCCGAACAUCUUUCGAUGAAGAGUAUGAGGAGAUGGGCCGAUCCCCUUCCGGCAAAAGGAAGUGGAUUCCGGAGCUCUCUCAGAUGGCAAACGUAAUCGUUGGCCGUUGUUCGCAAAUUCUUGAUGUUUCUAUGGAUGAACUUCAAGGAAAUUUUGAUUCAGAAGCAUCUGAUGGUUUAAAGAAGUCCUCAAAUUAUGCCAGAAAUUUCUUAGAGUACUGUUGUUUCAGAGCAUUAGGUCUAAUGACUCAAAUCAUUGGCCAUCCUGCUGAUCCAAAGUUCCGACGCCUUACAUUUGAUAUGAUGUUAGCAUGGGAAGCUCCAUCUGCGGCGAGCCCACCCUCACCCAGGGUGGAUAAGGACAACACUGUUGGUUUAGAUGCUUUUUUGCGCAUUGCUCCUGCAAUCCCCAUUAUUGCAGAUGUAAUUACAUGUUCCAAUAUCUUUGAUGUCCUUGCGAAUCCGAACAGUGGCCGACUUUCAUUUGUUGUCUAUGAGAAGUACCUUGUUGGAUUGGACAGAGUAAUAAAAAAAAUGAAAUCUCAAACAGAGUCAUCUCUUAUUCAUGCUAUUCGUUCAGAAAGGGGAGAAAAGAUUAUUGAGGUAGAUGGAACAUUGACGAGCCAACCUGUUCUUGAACAUAUAGGCAUUUCAACAUGGCCCGGAAGAUUAACAUUGACUGACCAUGCUCUGUACUUUGAGGCAUUGAAAGUUGUAACUUACGACAAAGCAAAGAUAUAUGACCUUUCUGCUGAUUUGAAACAAAUUGUUAAGCCUGAGCUGACUGGGCCUUGGGGUUCACGCCUUUUUGACAAGGCAGUCAUGUAUAGAUCUGUAUCUGUGUUAGAGCCAAUUAUCAUCGAGUUCCCUGAGCUAACGGGACAUUCUCGCCGGGACUAUUGGUUAGCUAUUAUUCGCGAAAUUCUUUAUGCUCAUAGAUUUGUUAGAAAAAUUCAGAUGGAGGGUGUUGACAAAGAAGAAACACUUUCAAAGGCUGUACUUGGAAUUCUACGAUUACAAGCUAUCCAGGAAAUGUUCUCGGCAGUCCCUGUUCGCUUUGAGUCACUUCUCAUGUUUAACCUUGCUGACCAGCUUCCAGGAGGUGAUCUAAUAUUGGAAGCCCUUGCUAACAUGAUUAUUUCAAAGAGUUUGGAUCAGACUAAUGGAUCGAGAUCAGCAUCUGGAAUGUAUUCUAUUUCUGCUUUGGCAAUUUUAUCUAAUUUAGGGGUGGUCUCGCAAGUGUCGAGCGAUGAAAAACUUAUUGUGGGAGAUGUAGUGGUAGGAGAGAUGACCGACUUGCAAAAAGUUGUCAUGGAAUCUAGACUCAACUACAAAAUGGUGGAAGAAGCCCAGGCCACCGUUGAUGGAGUUAAAGUGGAUGGUAUAGAUACAAAUUUGGCAGUGAUGAAGGAAUUGCUAUAUCCUGUUAUGGAAAUUGGAAACAAGCUAACGUGUUUUGCAAAAUGGGAAGAUCCUUUCAAGUCCCUCCUGUUCUGUUCUAUCUUUAGCUAUAUUAUUUUCAGGGGAUGGAUAGGUUAUGUCGUUGUGGGACUGCUGCUUUUUAUGGCAGUUUUCAUGCUGGUUACCAGAUUUUACAAUCAAGGCAGGCCUAUUGAUGAGGUCAAGGUGCAGGCUCCUCCGCCAAUGAAUGCAAUGGAACAGCUCUUGGCCGUUCAGAAUGCUAUUUCUCAGGUUGAGGAGCUUGUGCAGGAUGGAAACAUAAUUCUAUUGAAGUUGCGAGCUCUACUACUUGCGAUCCCUUUGCAGGCAACAGAUAGAGUAAUUCUGAUAUUGAUUCUGGCAGCUCUCUCUCUUGUUUUUCUCCCAGUCAAGCUCUUCCUUUUAAUGAUAUUUUUGGAGAUUUUCACAAGGUAUUCCCCUCCUAGGAGAGCUAGCACAGAGAGAUGGACUAGAAGAUUUAGAGAAUGGUGGUUCAGUAUACCUGCAGCUCCUGUAGUUCUUGAAAGAGAUAAAGAAGAUAAAAAGAAAAGGUAAUUAUGAUGUAUAUUAUGGUUCAUUUUCAUGCCCCCACUUUCUCUCAUUGUUGUAUAUAUGAAAUGAUAUUCUCUCUCUUUAUUAAAAAAACACAUUAUUACAGAGUAAUAUAAGAAGGGAAGUUUUGUGGGUUGUACACUAGAAAUUAUAAAUGCUGUUUAUACUUUUGUCCAAUGUGCAUAAAAGUUUCUCCUGUUGGAAGCA